UUAUCUUCUUUCGUGUUCUUCCCCAAAUUUUCAACGUAAUCCAUAUUUCUUUUUCAUUGUACUGGGAUUUCUCAAUUAAUCUUACAAUUGAUCUGUUGUUUCAUCUAAUUCUCGUUUCCCUCUUUCUAUUGAUACCAAUUUUUAUAUAUUUCGUUUGUCAAAAAAAAUCUAGGGUUAGGGUUGUCGAUCUCUUCACAAGUUGUUUAAUUUAUCGAUCCAUCGCUUUCUUUCGCUAUUUACACGAAAUUCAUAAAUAUCCCCAUUUAUUUUGAUGUUAAUUUCAUAUUUUUCGUCCUCGAUUGAGAUCUAGGGUUCUUAUUUACCGAUCUAUCUCAUGGCUUCCUAGAUCUGUAAAUUAUCAAAGGGCUUUCUCUUGAUUUGUAUAUAAUUCGUCAAUUCUUAUCUAUUCCACUCUUGAUUUGGUUAAUUUUUGGGUAGGCCAGAGUCUAGGGUUAGGGCUUCUUCUGAUUUGGGGAUUUCAAUUUUUUUUUUUUUCCAGCUUAAGCCUCUGAACGCCAAAGAUUAUAUUUGAAUUGAGUCUUCUGGUGACGUUUUAGUUUGGUUCCAUCCUUUGUGCAAUUGGCCUGAAAUCUUAUCUGAGCUUCUCCCUUUAGUGAGAUUGAGAAAAUGGGAUUUAAACGCCCUUUCGAUGAUGAGAAAUUUCAUGAGCUUCCGUUCAAACAUUCUAGACAGCUUGGCUAUAGCGAUAAGUCGACUCAGUUUGAUGAAUUUAUUCCUCGCCCUGCUGCUUCGCAGAAAUCUGUAGCCACGGUGAACGAGGGAGAUCUUUUUAAACCGCAAGGAGGUGAAUCAUCUGAUGGUGAAACCUUUAAUGAAGAAUCCAGUUUUCUUUACCUGAGUGGUCUUAACAUGGAUGGUGCUUUUGAUCGGGUCAUGAACGGUUGCGAAGGAAAGGAUGAAACUCACUCUCCUCACGCUGCAGAGUAUUUUGUGCCUUGUAUACCUCCAAGAGUAUUUGCUCCUGUUGAGACUUUCUAUUCUUUCCUCAUGGAUCAACCUGCUAGAAAGCAAGUGCCUAUUGGACCAGGUCAUCAAGCCAUAAUCCCUGAAUGGGAAGGUAGUCAGAAUGGGAACCUAAAACCCUUAGGCACGUCGGUUCAAAAUCACAUCGUUGGAUCUGCUGAUGAAGAGAAGCUGUGUGGUACAUGUGUGGUUCCCAUGCCAGUCUUGAAAACGCCUGCAAAUAUGGAUGACAUAGUAGGGAAAGGUAGAGAGUUCUGUGUCUGCAGUGACAGGGGUUCUAUAAGGUGUGUGCGUCAGCACGUCAAAGAAGCUAGAGAAGAAGUGGUUAAGAUGAUUGGGUUUGAGAAGUUCAGAGAUCUGGGCUUGUGUGAUAUGGGAGAAGAAGUUGCACAGAGCUGGAGCGAUGAAGAUGCACUACUUUUUCAUGAGAUCGUUUAUUCCAACCCCGUGACAUUAGGACAGAACUUUUGGCAGCACUUGGAAGCUGCGUUUUGUUUCCGAAAUAAGAAAGAGAUAGUUAGCUACUACUUUAACGUUUUUGUCCUCAGACGAAGGGCCACACAGAACAGAACUUUUAUACUGGACAUCGAUAGUGAUGAUGAUGAAUGGCAUGGAUGUUAUGGAGGACCUUUGGGCAAGGCCUAAUUUUUAUAAAAGUUUUAUGUUUUACAAAUGAGCAGAGCCUAAAAAAUUUCUCUUUUAAACUUUGUGAAAUGGGCUGUUGUUUCACUUUUCUUGGGGCCCUCUUUCUCAAAGUCCUUGCAUUAAAGCUUUUUAUUUCCUUUGCCCCUUAGUUUUGUACAGAAACCAUCAUCACGUUUUUGUGAGUACUAAGGUUUUAAGAAAAAUGAAUAUUUGUUUGUAU